AUGGCGUGUCUACCAUCAGGCCGGAUAGGAAACAACCCGGCAGCUGCUGUCGUAGUUCGCUUUGAUGGUGGGAAUUGGCGGCGGAGUUCCGAGUAUAAGAAGACGUCGUGGUCGGUCACCCGCACUCCCAGUAUAGCGGGGUGGUCUAGUACGAUUUCGGGAAGACCGGCGCAAAUGGACAGAACAGAGUUCAUCAACGCACUGCCAACGGUGCUCCUUGAUGCGAUCGCGAAGCUAUGGGCCAACCAUUACCGUGGCCUAAACAAUAUCUUGGCGCAUCUAUCUACUUCCGACUGGUCGGCGCGAUUCAGUCGAGAAACAACGGGAUCCGAUGUUCUCUUUCAAGCGGCAUACGAGGGCCUGCAAGGAAGUUCUACACCUAGUACUCACCCUGUACGAGCAGAGCUGUCACGAUUGGCAGCUCUCAUAAUUGGAUACGCAGUUCAAAAUGAGGAUGUCUUUUCCACUGCGUACUGUCUCGUCCUCUUAUCGCGACAGCUGCACACACAACUCUCACGCCAGGAAAGUGUUGGGCUUAGUAGCCUGUCACGAGACGCAAAUCUGGAUAAGCGGUUCAGAGUCGAUCUGAAAUCAAACAUCUAUCUCUGCUUAAUAUCAGCUAGCAGACCUAUACAAGAUCGACAGAAAGAGCUAGAAAAUAGAAAUCAGUCCAAAGUUCCAGUGCCUGCUGAACUACUACUUAAUUUGGUACAAAUUGAUCUAGAAUUCGUCCUCCUCAUCCCCUUUAUCGGCACUUUCUACUGUCUCGGCAUCCAUUAA